UCCACGCGCUGUCGGCAUCAAAACUUGCAGUCUCUCCAUCCGUCCUCAUCUCUCUCCAGCGCACUUGUUUUUUUGCGAACGCACACGCACUCACUCACUCACACACACACUGGCGUUUUAAUAUUUGUUUUCCCCCCGUUGGAAGGUGCACAGGUGCAUCCCACGGCCAUUGCUCGCUCUCUGCUUAGUUGAUUAUGGUCACAACCCCCGCGGUGCAAAGGUGGAGUCACCGCGCGUAUCUCGGAUCGGUGCGCUUCUCCAGGGGCUGGGAUGCGCACCGGGCACCUCUCGCUUCCUGCCGAGUUUCGGGUCUUCGCAGGAGUCAAGCGCUGGCCCGGGGCGCCGAGGCAGGAGGACCCAGUCGACCCGGAGCAGGAUGCCGGUGAUGAGAGGUCUGCUCGCCCCACAAAACACCUUCCUGGACACCAUCGCGACCCGCUUCGAUGGCACCCACAGCAACUUUGUUCUGGGGAACGCCCAGGUGCAGUCGCUCUACCCCAUCGUCUACUGCUCCGACGGUUUCUGCGAGCUCACCGGCUACGCCCGCGCCGAGCUCAUGCAGAAGAGCUGCGCUUGCCACUUCCUGUACGGCCCCGAAACAAGCGACAAGUCCACGGCCCAGAUCCAAGGAGCCCUGGAUGAGAGGAAGGAGUUCAAGACCGAGUUGGUUUUCUACAAGAAGGAAGGAACACAGUUCUGGUGUCUUCUGGACAUCGUACCCAUUAAGAAUGAAAAGGGGGAGGUGGUUCUGUUCCUCGUGUCGCACAAAGACAUCAGCGACAAGAAGAAGGACACGGAGCAAGGACCCGACACAGAUGAGGAGACGGGUCUGGAGGUGCAUCAGGUAACUCGCCCUCCAGGCUUCAACGCCAACCGGCGCCGCAGCAGAGCGGUUCUCUAUCACCUGUCAGGACACCUGCAGAAACAAGACAAGAGCAAACUCAAGAUCAACAAUAACAUGUUCGGAGACAAGCCUCCGAUCCCAGAGUACAAGGUAGCAGCCAUCCAGAAAUCUCGCUUCAUCUUGCUCCACUAUGGAACCUUCAAGGCCGGCUGGGAUUGGUUAAUUCUGCUGGCGACGUUCUACGUGGCCGUCACCGUGCCCUAUAACGUGUGUUUCACCGUGGUGGGGGGGUGGGAUGAAGGGAACAGCACUGCCCCGCGGAGCCCGCCCAGCGUCAGCGACAUCCUCGUAGAGAUCCUGUUUAUUUUGGACAUUCUGCUGAACUUCCGAACUACUUUUGUGAGCACGUCGGGUCAGGUGGUGUACGACGCCCGCUCCAUCUGCGUCCACUACGUCACCACGUGGCUCUUUGUCGAUCUCAUCGCCGCCCUGCCCUUUGACUUGCUCUACGCUUUCAACGUCAGCGUGUACUUUGGAGUCCACCUGUUGAAGACGGUCCGGCUGCUCCGGUUGCUGCGGCUGCUGCAGAAGCUGGAGCGAUACUCCCAGUACAGCGCCGUGGUUCUCACUCUGCUGAUGUCCAUGUUCGGCCUGCUGGCCCAUUGGAUGGCCUGCGUCUGGUACUUCAUCGGGCGCAAGGAGAUCGAAAGUCCCGGCUCCUGGGAUAUUGGUUGGCUCCAUGAGCUGGCCAAGCGUCUUGGGACCCCCUACGGGGGUUUCGGGCUGCUGGGUGGCGGCCCGUCGAUGCGUAGCAGCUACGUGACGUCGCUUUACUUUGCUCUGAGCAGUCUCACCAGUGUGGGAUUUGGAAAUGUGUCCGCCAACACAGACUCGGAGAAGAUCUUCUCCAUCUGCACCAUGCUCAUAGGAGCUCUGAUGCAUGCGGUGGUGUUUGGCAACGUGACGGCCAUCAUCCAGAGGAUGUACUCGCGGCGCUCGCUCUACCACACCCGCACCAAGGACCUGAAGGACUUCAUCAGGGUCCAUCGGCUGCCCAAGGCCCUGGAGCAGCGCAUGCUGGAGUGUUUCCAGACCACGUGGUCGGUCAACAACGGAAUAGACGUCAGUGAGCUACUGAAGGACUUCCCAGACGAGCUGAGGGCCGACAUCGCCAUGCAUCUGAACAAGGAGCUGCUCCAGCUGCCGCUGUUUGAGUCGGCCAGCCGGGGCUGCCUGCGCUCCCUCUCCCUCAUUAUCAGGACCUCCUUCUGCGCUCCGGGCGAGUUCCUCAUCCGGCAGGGAGACGCCCUGCAGGCCAUCUACUUCGUCUGCUCGGGCUCCAUGGAGGUUCUGAAAGACAACACUGUGCUGGCCAUACUGGGUAAAGGAGAUCUGAUUGGCUCGGACUCGCUGACGAAGGAGCAGGUGAUCAAGACCAACGCCAACGUCAAGGCCCUGACCUACUGCGACCUGCAGUACAUCAGCCUCAAGGGCCUCCGCGAGGUCCUCCGCCUCUACCCCGAGUACGCCCAGAAGUUCAUCAGCGAGAUACAGCACGACCUCACGUACAACCUGCGAGAGGGCCACGGGGCUGAUGUGGACUGGGAGAGUAACGGCGGCCUGGUGAAGAAGCUGCCGUCGAUCCGUGAGGAUGAGGAGGGCGACGAGGAGCAGAACUCGGUGUCCCGUGCUACUCGCUCGCCGCUGCGUCUCGGCAGGGGGCUCAGCUCGCCCCUGCGCUCCCCUCUCCUGCCCCCGAGGCCGUUCCGCGCUCCCUCCGACCACUCCCGCCCCACAACCCUGCAGAUACCGGUGGUCAGCUUCAGCAGCAUGCAGCCGGAACUCAGCCCCAGAUUCGUGGACGGGAUUGAAACGGAGAGCAACUCCAACUCAUCGCAGAAGUUUGAGUUCAGUCCCAGCAUGUCCCCUGCAGCACCGCCCUCUCCUUACCAAGGGAUGCGGGAGCACUCUGAGAUCAAGCAGAGUGUGUCUAAACUGACUGAGGAGAUGAACAGUCUCUCUAAACAAGUCUCCAAUCUCAGCCACGAGCUGCAGGAAAUGACACGCCUGCUGAAGCCCCUCCUCCAAGCAUCACCGCAGCCAAUCCUGAUGACCAUGAUUCCAAACUUCACCCCGCCCCCUAGCAGUGCCAGCCAGCUUUCGCCUAGCGCCUGUCUCGUGCUACCGCCCCCCGCCUCCCCAUGUCCUCUCCAGAGACCUGGCACUCAUUCCCUGUUGGACAGCGGCGACGUAGACGGCGUGGAUUUGCCACGAUGCCUUCUCCCAACUCCUCAUUCACCAAAAAGGCCUAACUCAUCUUCUUCAGCAUCGCCACAGCUCCCGUCCAAACACCCAGGGGCCGACAUCAAGGACCCGAGCCUCUCCGACCUUCCCCCUCCCGAGAAAGGACUUCCUGAGGGUACCCCGGUCCUCCGAGCCCUCCACGCUUCCCCCAGUAACGGGAUAUAUUUGCCCUCUCCGCAUGACCAGCCUCCCCUGGCCUCUCACACCCCUUCCCCCUCUCUCUCCUUCUCCAUGUCUCUCUGCUCCUCGCCAUCGCCAUCGCCAUCCCUUUCCCCCUGCCAAGGCCCCCACCUGUCCCGACCGGGCAGCUUUUCCAGCAGAGGCCUGCUGCCCCCGCCGCCCUCCCAGGACACCCCCCCUCCCCCGUCCUUCCACUGCUCAGCUCCCUCGUCGCUGACGUCCUCCCCCGGAGACCACGCGCCGAGGCCUUCGCCUUCGCCUUCCGUCCCCCACGUGUCCCCCGCCGUCUCCCUGCCGCUGUCUCUGGACUUUGUCAGUGCGAGGAAAAGGCAGGGAGAUAGCCGGACUCCACUUUGGCGUAACUCACAGCUGCGCCGUGGGGAGGCCAGACCUGUCGCUCCUCCCCAGGAGCUGGAGAUGCAGGAGUGGGGGGGGCGACAGGUGGAGGACGGGAAGUUCUCCACAGAGCACAUCAGCUUCAUUGAUGAAGAGGAGCCAGCGUUAUGA